AUGGUAAGAGAGGAUUCGGAUGUCGCAUUGGAAGCAUCCCAUUUCGCUUUCCUUCAACAGAACAAAAGUGUUUUGGCAAAUAAUGUUCUCUGGAAGCGGAAAGAACAGCUAGUGAAAUGGGAAGCAUCAGAAACGAAUCGUUUGCCAUCAGUUCGAAAGCUUGAUCGUGAAUCGAAAGUCAAGUUUACAGAAGAGGACAUAUUUCUGAGUGCUUGCUUAAGUGGUGAUCUAGAAGAAGUGCAGACAUUACUCGACGAUGGUGCAAACAUUAACACUACUACAGUGGAUGGUCUUACAGCUUUACAUCAGGCAGUUAUCGAUGGCAAACCUAAGAUGGUGCAGUUUUUAGUGGAGCAUGGAGCUAAUCUCAAUGCACAAGAUAAUGAAGGUUGGACUCCAUUACACGCAGCAGCUUGUUGUGGAAAUGUUGAUUUAGUCGAAUAUCUAUGUGCGGAGGGUGCCGAUCUUUCUAUAACAAAUACCGACAAGGAAUUAUCUGUCGACUUGGCAGAGGAAGAUGACUGUCGCUUGGCUCUGGAAGAGGAACAUCAACGACAAGGCAUUAAUCCUGAUGAAUGUCGAAAUAGAGAAUUAGCAAUGAUGAGACGCGAUGCAGAACAGUGGCUGAAGGAUGGUGAAAUGCAUGAUCAUCCGCAUUCUCGAACUGGUGCUACAGCGCUUCAUGUCGCAGCCGCAAAAGGAUAUAACGAUGUAAUGAGGUUGUUGAUUAAAGCCGGUGCCGAUGUGAACUGUCGUGAUCGUGAUGGUUGGACCCCGCUUCAUGCUGCUGCUCAUUGGGCUGAGCAUGAAGCUGCAGCUAUUCUUAUUCAAAAUGGUGCCUCUUUUUCCGAACUCUCCAAUAAUGGUGAAACAGUAUUGAAUGUUGCUGAUAAAGAUAUCGUUGAAUACUUAGAAGAAAUGCAAGAAAAAGAACGGUUGAGAUUGACUUCCAACAGUUCUAUUAAUGUGUUGGUGCACUCUAAUGCACCACUUAAAAGGGCCGGUUCUACAACUUCUGUAUUAAGAAUGUCUACAGAAGAAAAGACAAAGAAAACAAAAUUGGAUGAACAAGAUGAAAAAAAGGAGCUUAAAGAUGGUGAUUACUCGUUUAUUAUUGAGGAAAAGUCUCCGUCUCCAUCUGUAGAAGUUCGAUUACCGUUCCCAGUGAAACAACAGCUCGACACUUCUGAAUCUCCCUCUGAGGAAGAAAGAUCGUCUCCCAAAUCAAAUAGCGAAGGUUGUAGUGAAGGGAAGACUGCUUCGAAUCCUGAAUCUAGGAGCAGCGAUACAGAUAAGAGUGGAUCAUGUGCAACCGAAUCAGAUGCUUUUUCCGAAGUUGAUCAAAAAAGAAAUGUAACGGUGGAGGAUAGAUUGGCACGUGUUGCAACUUCGACAGCUUCAUCUGCUCCUUCUCCUAUCGCCUCAGCAUUCGUAAACGAGUCAAAAUCUUCGUCAGAAGUGUUACGGAAUUCAACUUCCCCUUCAUCAUCCACAACAAUCAGCAGUCUGAUAUCACGAUCUGCCAGUAUUGAUUCUAAUUCUUCGAUUGCAUUGCCGCAGAAUCAGUCGAAGCUCAAAGGUCAUUCUGCAGAAAAAGAAUUUGCAACAACGACAGCCUCCUUGGAGCCAUCGACCCGUUUCAGUAAAUCUGUCAGUUUGCAACGAUCAGCAGCAGCACCUGUCCCAUGGAUGCCUCUGUAUCGUAAUUCGGCAAUCAAAGGCCCGCUACAUCCGGCUUUUGCGCAUUUUCAAGCUGCUGUACGACAAGCUGCUACCAGCACUAUGAAUAGAUGUCAACCAGUAACGAACGCUUGUUCAUUGCAGACUACCGUACCAUCUUUGUCAAGGGGGUCUCUUGCAACACCACCGAUGGAACCAAAUAUGCCAAAUGAAAGUGAAGCGGAACGACGUAGUAGAGCAAAACGCCAAAGAGACUCUCGCAGAUCGACUCAAGGAGUAACUCGAGACCAACUGCGCGUUGCCACAGCGCUCACUGUUCGACGUAAUGACAAAGACAGAGAAAGAGAAAAUGAAAUACAGAGGAAUGGAAAAAGCUCUUCUUCAUUGGAAUCCACUCCAUUUCAUGAAAUUGAAAAAAGAGUUGAGGAAGAAAGAAAAGAUUUUGAUGCCAAAACAUACUCUUCUAGCCAAUCGGUUUCUGCUGUUCGUCGUCGAUCGCAAGCUCCAAGGACAACACGGCGUGUGACAGGUCCAGUUCGAAUUGACGAUGUUCAGAGUGAGGAAGCAUCGGAUGAUUCAGUGCAAAAAAUUGGUGGUGGUAUAUCUUCAAUCAACACAACAACGCCAUCAUCUUCCAAUGUCGAUCUCUCGAAUUCUAACAUUGCUACUACUUCAUACUUUAGAGACAGUGUCCUCACAACCAUUGCUUACACUCAGGCUUCUCUUACUGGUAAAGUAAGGACUAGCCAAACUAAUUCGAUACAUAUCGGUGGAGGUACAGUUACGACAGCUUCAUUUCAAAUGCAUAAUAGUAGAGCGAAAUGUCAGGAUACAGCUGUGGAUUAUAAAGUACUAUAUGAAAAGGAAAAACAGGAAACAGAAAGAUUGCGGCGGCGAAUUGAAGAGCUUACAUUAGAGAAAUCGAAUUCAGCAAACAACAUUUCUUUAUUGAAGUGUAAUAUCGGAGGACGGCUUACAUCAUUACCAUCGCCUAAUAAAUCUUCAUCAUCAGCAUCAAUUAACGAUCGUGAACGGCAUAACUACGAACAACGAAUCGCCGAAAUGCAGUAUGAAAUUGAGGAAUUGAAAAAGCUGGAGAAAAGCAAUGAUUCGCUACGAGUGGAAAAUGAAGCACUGAUUCGUGUGUUAUCUAAAAUGAGCCGUCAACAGAGUACACCAACUUGGCCUCGGUAG